CUCGUCGACCUCAGUCAUGAUGAUGCUGGCGCGUUAGAGGUUUGUAACUUUAGUGCGUCCCCAAGUCGUUAAAACAUCGCUAAAAAUGUACUAAAACCCCCUUUCAAAAUGAUCACUUGGUCUGUAAUCGUCCCCUUGGUAGUGUUAACCACCCGGACGUUAGUGCUAAGCUUCAACAUCGAAAUACGCGAACCCAUUGUCAAAAAAUCCAAAGACAAAAACUCUUAUUUCGGAUUCAGUGUCGCCCAACAUGCAGUGAAUUCAAACAGCCGUUCUGCCGACGAUUAUUGGAUUUUGGUGGGGGCGCCCUUGGGGCGGAACCUCCAGCCCUUCACGAACCGUUCGGGGGCGCUUUACAAGUGCCCUAUGAGCCGGCGAGACAACGACUGCGAGCAGAUCGAAACAGACGGCAAACGACUGGCCGGAGGGAGGUAUAAGUUCAAUGUUUUCGACUAUGAGGACACACCGUCAACGAGAAACGAAGCAGUGCUUUCGCCACCGUCAAACGACGAAAUCAAGGAUAAUCAGUGGCUGGGAGUAACAGUCAAGUCGCAAAAACCGGGCGGAAAAGUGGUGGUUUGUGCACACAGGUACAUCCAGAGCCCGAACUUGACUUCACACCACUAUGGAUACGGGCUCUGCUACCUGCUGAACAACGAGCUGAACGUGGAGGACGCCCUGGAGCCGUGCAAAGGCCGGCCCGUAGAAAAAUUGCAUCAACAGUACGGUUAUUGCCAAGUGGGCACAAGUCUCGCCUUCCUCUCCGACGACUUCGUGUUAAUGGGAUCCCCCGGGCCUUACACUUGGCGCGGGACAAUUUUUGCCAAAAAUGUAGUCGGUAGUUUCCUCGAACGGGACAAGACCGUCUACAGAGGCCCCCUAAACGACCAAGACACCCCCAUAGCCAAGUACAGCUACCUCGGAAUGAGCGUAACCGGGGGCCACUUUUUCUCGAAAAAAACCCUAACUUACGUCUCGGGAGCCUCACGCUCCAACCUAAGCGGACAAGUCUUUUUCUUCAAUAAAACCAAAUCAGAGGAACAGCUCAACAUUCGCCUGAUAAUCAACGGGACGCAGUUCGGGUCCAGCUUCGGUUACGAAAUUUUGGCCGUGGAUUUUGAACAAGACGGCUACGAUGAACUGCUCGUGGCAGCCCCCUUUUACUACGACAAAGACCACGGGGGCGCCGUCUACAUUUACAACAAUUUGCGCAACUGUACGAGAGAUAAGUGCGCCCCCAGUCAGAUUUUCACAGGCAAAGCUGAGUCAAGGUUCGGUUUUUCGAUGACUGCACUUGGCGAUAUAAAUAAGGACGGUUUUAUUGACGUGGCAAUUGGGGCCCCGUAUGAGGACAAUACCGGGGCUGUUUACAUUUAUCUGGGCCAGAAAGGGGGGCUGAGAAGCGAACCCUCGCAAAUUAUCAAGUUUGGGGAAAGGGAAGGACUUAAAACUGUGGGCUAUUCGUUGAGUGGUGGCAUGGAUAUGGACUUGAAUGAUUAUCCCGAUUUGUUAGUGGGGCUGUAUGACUCCGAACGGGUUAUUUUGUUCAAAACUAGGCCCAUUAUUGAUAUUGGGAUUAGGGUGGUGGGGGAUGAGUUGAGGAAUAUUAAUGCGUCCAAGAAGGGAUGUCGGGAGGAUCCGCACAGCGACAAAACUUGUUUUUCGUUCAAGACUUGUUUCAAAUUCCGCAAAUUUCGCCUAACUAAGGACAUCGACAUUCGCUACGAAAUCAAGGAAUUGCCGAAGAAAGCACCACGUGUAACAAUCGGCAACGACACAUUUGUCACAAAAAUGAUCACAGUUACGGAUAUCUCACGUGAAUAUUGCACCAGCGAAACGGCCUAUCUUAUUGAAGGAAACGGCGAUAUUCUCUCGCCCAUUUCGUUCCAAGUAAACUACACGAUUUAUAAAGACGAUGUGGAUUCACCAAUUUUGAAUAAAACUUCAAUCAAGACUUUCGAAGCCACGUUCCAGAAAAACUGCGGCCCGGAUGACAUUUGCAGGAGCAAAUUGAUUCUAAAUGCACGUCCAUUGGCACUUAACGAAACACCCGAGGGUCACUAUUUGUUCAAUCUGGGGGUGGAGAAGGAACUCAUUUUGGAGGCCAAUGUCGCAAAUGAGGGCGAAUCGGCCUACGAAGCGCGACUUUUCGUAAUACAUCCGGAAAGUCUGAGCUACGUGGCGCUCCAAAGCCAAAAUAAAUCGGGCAACACAAUUUGCACUUCAAAUGGCACAACUGUGGUCAUCUGCAACCUGGGGAACCCUUUCCAAGAAAACCAAUCCGUCUCUCUGCCCCUACGUUUCGAAAUCGCAAACACCAAGCAAUCGCGACUCGAACUAAAAGUCUUCGUCAAUUCAACCUCUGAAGAACUGUCCAAACAAACGUCACAAUCCUUCGUUGCAAUUUUGAAAAACAUCGUCUCUUUGAGCAUCAAAGGUGACAGCAAGCCGGUGAACGUCCUAUUUUCAGGCGAGCCAAAAGGCCAGUCCGCCAUGCGGUUCUUUGAAGACAUCGGGCCGAGAAUAACACACGGCUACAGCAUAAUCAACGAGGGGAAGUGGCACAUCCGCAACAUGCAAGUCGAGAUUUUGUGGCCGUUUCAAGUCAAAACCGAUCGGAAAGAAGGCGGAAAGUGGCUCCUGUACUUAGAGAAGGAGCCUCUAAUCGACUACAACACGACUAAUUUCUGUUCAGUCGAUUCGCGUUUUGUGAAUCCGCUUAAAGUGAACGUUUCCGGGAUGGAGGACCCGGACUUGGACGAACCGGAACAUGUGAGGCGGAGGAGGGACGUCGCGACGGUCGUCCAACCCGAAACGAGGGUCGAAGAGGACGGAAAAGUCCGGAAGAUUGUGACAAUGGCGUGUCACAAAACGGCAGCUUGUGUCAAAAUUUUGUGCACAAUUCCGCAGCUUGAAGGUGGGGGGCAGGUCAGGAUCCGGGUUUAUGCCCGCUUGUGGAAUUCUACGUUAAUUGAGGACUACAGUCAAGUCGAUUAUGUCACAAUCGAGUCACAAGCCGUCGUUUCCAUCAACGAACCGGCCACGAUUUUAACCGAUAAUUCCAUAAAUAGUGUUUCGGUCAAGGUGGUGGCGUUCCCGGCGCUUACUUUGGUCGAUAAGGGGGUUAAUAUUUGGAUUAUUAUCGGGUCGGUGAUUGCCGGUCUUGUCCUAUUGGUUAUCGUUGUGUUUGCGUUGUAUAAAUGCGGAUUCUUCAAACGAAACCGAAUCAAAGAUCACACACUUUCCGGUAAUUUGAAGAAACAAGGAGAAAGUGAGACUUUGCUAAAGGAUAGUGGGAGUAAGCCAGCUAAAAGCUGAUUGUGAUAAAAAACUGUUCAUUAUUUAUAGUGCUGGAUGUGUGAAUGUUCAUUGUUGCGUUGCUUAAUUUCGUACUUAAGAAACUUUUUUAUCUCGAUUUGUUGUUAGAUAAGUUGUACAGAUAGACUUUAUUAUUAGUUUAAGCCUCCUGUAGAAAAUAUUUUUAAAUAAAUUUUUUGAAACAUA